UUCUUUGGGUCACUCCAUCACUAUAAGUAACCAUCUGCCUCUAUUGUAAAUCCACACAAUUCACACCUCUCCCUUACUUCUUUUCACCUCUAGUCAUCCGAAUCCACGUGAAAUGGCUCCCAUUGCUGUUGGAGAUACUUUGCCUGACGGCACCCUGGCUUACUUCGACCAAGAUGAUCAGCUUCAACAAGCCUCCAUGCACUCUCUUGCCUCCGGCAAGAAGGUUGUUCUCUUUGGAGUACCCGGCGCUUUUACUCCUACUUGCAGUAUGAAGCAUGUACCGGGGUUUAUUGAGAGUGGUGACAAACUUAAGGCGAAGGGCAUUGAUGAGAUUCUACUAAUUAGCGUCAAUGACCCCUUUGUGAUGAAGGCAUGGGCCAAGACUUACCCUGAGAACAAGCAUGUCAAGUUCCUUGCAGACGGCUCUGCAGCAUAUACACACGCUCUCGGCCUGGAGCUCGAUCUUUCAGAAAAGGGACUUGGCGUUCGAUCCAAACGUUUCUCUCUCUUAGUUGAUAGUCUCAGGGUCAAAGCUGCAAAUAUCGAGUCCGGUGGAGAAUUUACAGUCUCCGGAGCUGAGGACAUCCUCAAGGCUCUUUGAUUGACUCCAAUCUUUUAGUUGUAUGUUUGGCCUUCUAUGUAUUUUCUAGCUGAUGAACUAUUAUGAUAAGGAGCAGAGCCCAUGUGGAUCUUCUAUCGAACUGUGGUUUUGUGACAUUAGAUGUUUAUGGCUCCCUUGCACGAAUAAUGAAUAUAUUUUUAUGCACUUCUGGCUAU